AUGGACGACACGCUCACCAUCAGACUUUCACCUUCAACAUCACCGGCACUCCCAACCCAGGAGUCGACUUCCACCUUGACCACCACCAGACUUUGUGCUCCUGCUCACCACCAUCAUCAUUCUCUGCCGUACUAUACACUAGAUGCACGCGGGACACGUCAUGAUCUUGAUGUCUGCACAACAGCCGAUUUCCCACCGCGUCCUCCCUAUCCGCAUUUCUAUCCGGCCCGCAUUGCAGAUGUCAACCAUGACUUGACGUUGUUUCGGCCUCCGCUGCGCAAGAAACCCAAACUGUCCUCCAAUGCACCAGAUCCCGACUCAUCGUCCGUGUCACUGCCAUCCCCUGGAAUGCGCAAGCCAGUAGGAAUCUCAAAGACCCUGAGUGUUCCCUCCUUCAACAUCUCCCUCGACCACGACCCGAACGAUAAUCGUCCCUCUUCGUCUUCCGGGAUCAGCCAGCCUUCCACCCCCUUGCGUCGAACAAACUCUAACACGCUCCAGCGAUCUCCUUCUCAAAAGAGACCUCCUGCCUCACACAGCAGCUACGGCGUCGAGACAAUCUGUGGGCCACCUCCGUCCUACAGCACUCAACGAACCCUCUCGCAGGACCGCAUCCGACUGGAUCGUAAUCCGUCCACGAGAUCUACAAACGAUACCACGCGUGAUCCAACCCCUUCCAAGGCCAAUGAACCCACCCCAACCACCGAACCUGCUUCAGCGCGACUGUCGCCCGUGAAACCAGACCAGUCCCCAUCCCCGACCAACUCUUCGGCUGACGAGGCUACCACGCUGGAAGUAUCCAGUCCGGAGACCGCAGACACACAGAGUGUGCUGACCCCCCACUCGACCAUGAGCAAGGAACAGGGCCCAGCUGUGCUUCAGACCAAUCUGCAAGAAAAGGAAAACUCAGAACUGCAGUUACUGAAACCCAUCCCUUCGGAAGAGGACAGCAAAGCUUCCAGUAGCGAUGAGAAAAAGAGCGAGGAUUUGUUCUUGAAUAUUGCAAGGACCGACGCGUCGCGUGGCAGUCAGGUUCAAUCGAAACUCGACAAGAGACGGUCGAGAGUUUCACUUCCUUUUUUUUCGAGUACACGACCCUCCACCGGCUACAAAUCUUCUCCCAUACAGGAGCGAUUCGACACUUCUAGUGUUGCUGGUCGAUCAGAGGCACUGAAUUACUACAGCAAGCGGUCUUCUCUGGGGCAGCAUGUGCCGGGCGCGCUUUCGCGAACGUAUACCCAAGAAGUCUCAAUUCGAGACGGGACUCUCGACACACAGAGUACUCAUCCCGCGGACUUACCCCAAAGAGCCCUGUCAAGACGAUAUUCCACGACCAAUUCAAACAGCAACACCAAUACAGAACCUGUGCGUACGUUUUCACGACCAAGUACAGCUCGAAACAGCCGCUUGGUUUCCGAUUCUGCAUUUCUUGAUCGGCCCCGCGUCCCCGAUCACAAUGCCACAGAGUCAACCAUCUCUACGACCGCUCCUUCGACGGUUUGGGACGAGCUGGAUGAUCUGAAAUCCAGAAUCAGAAAGCUCGAACUUACUGGGAAGCUCCCACCAUCUUCCGCUGCAGCAAUGACCACUUCAGAGAGGCCGAAGACGGCAACGACGGCGGCAACUACAAUGUCGUCCUCACCAAAACACAAACCAGCCGUGACGCAAUUGCAAUCCGCCAUCGAAGGAAUUCCGUCCAACGUCCACCCGAACCUCCACGAGGCACUUGGUAAUGCCAAAGCCGUCCUCAGCAAUGACGUUUAUCAGAAGCUUCAAGCGACAGCCCAAGACGCCUUGCAGUUGUCCAUGAUGAUGAAUCCAGAGGGGCGUAGCGGCGCUGCCAGCACCCUCGGUAUCUCAUCUGUCUCGGAACGUCAGAUCCGUCGACGCACGGAAAGCAUGUGCAGGACCUUGACGGAAUUGGCCAUUGCAAUCCUGGCAGACCACAAACAGUUUCCUCAGCCUGUGACGAGACCCGGUAGUCGCGAUGCAUUUCCGCCGACUUCUACAGGUCUGCGGAGCCGAAGGUACAGCAAUGAGCCCAAUGACCGACCUCCAGUCGCGUCUCGUGUCCAGUCUCGCCUAGAGACUCGACGAACCAGCGCACCACUCGGGGCCACGUUGAACGCGCAGACAACGUCCCCUGAGAACACGUUUCAAACACCACCUACAGCCUUGCCCCAGAUAUCUAGCUCCUCAUCGUCCCGCCUCGGGCGGACUUCGACCUUGGUACGUAGCAGGAGAACUCCCGGGUACAACAUGGAUGGCGCCACAGACGACGAAGAAAGUAGCCCUUCGGUCAGGCCGGUGAGCCGGGCCAUGACGGAAGUGAGCACGUAUCGCCAAAUGGCAAGAGAUCGAGCGGCGUACUCGAGAGAAUAUACUGCCCAACACCCCAUGCCUCAACAUCCCGUCCCCGCAGCACUUGAAGCGACCAAUGUGACCAGAAGUCCGCUCCCUGCUCACAUCAGUACGCAUCUGGUCCCGAGACGCAAGUACGCCGCCCCGUCGUCGACCGCAAGCAAUGUGGGUACCCAAGAGCAUACUCCUGUGACACCCAAGGAGCCUUGGGGUCGAAUAACGAUCGUGCCCGCCGCUGCGUCUAGUCCGAUCGAGGCCACACCAGAGAGCCAGGUAUCCAUUCGGCCUUCAGGAACACGAAGGAGUCUUGGAUUUACGAGUAGGAUCAGCAGUGUGAGCAGUCGACUUCGAGCCGCCAAAGCAGAGCGGAAUGCAACGGUGAGAGAUGCCACAGAAGCACGAGGAACGAAAGAUAUUGCACCAUUGAGGCAAGAAUUGGAUAAUCCGAUGCCGUUGGAAAGACAAGGUUCUGGACAGAGCAUUGAACCCUGA